GCAUGUCGGCUGCCGCCUCCUUCAACGGUCAUCUUCGCACGCUCUGAUCCUAUGCCUUCGACAUGCAGCACUCCUUCGAUCUCCACCGUCCAUUUCAAACGACAGUUAUCUUCUUCACCUACCCUCCCUCAAAAAACCAACCAAUUACGCGCCACGAAUCCCAAUCGAUCUCUACCAUUGAGUACACUCAGAGACUCGACACUGCAUUCCGAGUCGACUCGCUUCUACUCCCAUGCCGUCAAAUUCUCAUACAAAAUGGGUCUCCUUGAGGAAGGGAAACAACUACAUUUGCACAUAAUAAAGUUGGGAUUGAAUAACGUACUUUCUUUGCAAAACCAAAUGCUAAAUUUGUACGUCAAAUCGAAGCAUUUUUCCGACGCAGAGAAGUUGUUCGAUGAAAUGCGUGUUAGAAACUUGGUGACGUGGAACACAAUGAUUUGUAAGUGUAGUCUUAAUCUGGGUUUUUCUUAUUUUAAGAAAAUGUUGAUAAACAACGUAGGUUUUGAUCAUAUAACUUUGAGCGGUUUGCUUCGUGCUUCCAUUGAGCUAAAUGACAUCGUUUUUGGUAGAGGAUUACAUUGUUUUAUCGUGAAAUCGGGGAUCUUAUUUGAUUGUUUUGUGGGCAGUGCUCUUGUUGAUUUAUAUGGGAAAUGUGGCCUAGUUGAAGAAGCCAGACGGGUUUUCGAUCAAGUGCUUUAUAGAGAUUUGGUGUUGUGGAAUGUCAUGGUUUCUUGUUAUGCUUCAAAUGCUUUAACAGAAGAGGCUUUUGAGGUUUUUGAUAUGAUGAAGAAGGAAGGUGUUAAAGGGGAUGGUUAUACGUUUUGUUCUUUGCUUAAUUCAUGCGGGAGUUGGGGGUUAUAUGAAUUCGGGAGUCAGGUUCAUGGUCUUAUUGUUAAACUUUGUUUUAAUUUAGAUGUUCCUGUGGCGAGUGCACUUGUUGAUAUGUAUGUAAAGAGUGGAAACUUCGAUGAUGCUCAGAAGGCUUUCGAUGGGAUGACUGCUAGAAAUGUUGUGUCUUGGAAUACUAUGAUUGUAGGUUAUGGGAAGCAUGGAGAUGUGGAAAAGGCUAUGGAACUUCUUAGAGAAAUGAAGCUUCAAAAUUUCAGUCCAGAUGAACUAACUUUGUCAAGCAUACUUAGCUCAUGUGGUAUUGUAUCCACCUCUAGUGAAAUGGGCCCAGUCCAUGCUUAUGUGGUUAAAAAUGGGUUUGAGUCCUUCUUAUCAGUUGCAAAUGCUUUAAUAAAUGCAUACUCCAAAUGUGGUAGCAUAGAUGCUGCAUUUCAAUGUUUUGUUUCAGUUGCAGAGCCUGAUCUAGUUACAUGGACAUCGAUUAUAGGUGCUUAUGCAUUCCAUGGUCUUUCAAAACAAAGUAUUAAAGUUUUUGAGAAAAUGUUAGCCACUAGUGUAAGGCCAGAUCAAAUUGCCUUUAUUGGGAUUCUUUCUGCCUGUAGCCACGGAGGGCUAGUGAGUGAGGGGCUUGAUUAUUUCAAUAUAAUGAUGAAUGACUAUCAAAUUAUUCCAGAUUCAGAGCACUAUACUUGUCUUGUUGAUCUUCUUGGUCGAGCUGGUCUUCUUGAUGAGGCUUUUAAUGUUUUAACAUCUAAUCCCAUUGCAUGUACACCGGACACUUUGGGAGCAUUCAUAGGGGCAUGUAAUAUCCAUGGCAACAUAAAGUUGGCCAAGUGGGCAGCAGAAAAGCUUGUUGUCUUGGAGCCCAAGAAACCUGUGAAUUAUACUCUUCUCUCUAACAUGUAUGCUUAUAAAGGGAGAUGGUUAGAUGCGGCAAGUGUGCGAAACAUGAUGAUGGACCACUGUGAUUACAAAAUUCCUGGUUGUAGCUGGAUGGAGAUUGCUGGUGGUGUUAAUGUGUUUGGCUCAAGUGAUAAAUCUCACCCUAAAACUUUAAACAUCUACACUAUAUUGGGAACAUUGCUUUGUCUAAUGAAGCAGGAAUGUAGCAUUCUGACUGCCAACGACACAUGCUUCAGCAACAUGGAUGAGCAUGCUCUUUAAAAUUCCUGGUCAAUCUGGUGUCCACUUCUGAGGAUGAGUGCCUGAAUAUGAGGUCUAGUGUGACAUGAAAAAUCAUUUUCUUAUCAUUUUGGGGGUAAGGAUUUGUGCACUCUAAAUGAAUCUGCAUGUUCCAUCAACUCAUUAGGUGCAAUGUGCAAUUAUCAUAAUAAUUAGUCAAUGACAAGCUAGAAUAAGUUCAUUGUCAAAUGUAUGCUGACUUUAUCAUCAUGACUAAAUUGUGUGGUUGUAAGACUGGUUUCAUCUUGCUAGGCCAAGUUGGGCUAGACGGGUCAAGCUUUAAACUGAAUUCUCUACACUAGACAACCAAAAAUAAAAAAAUCUCAACAUUUGCAGUUGCCAAGCCAAGAUUCCGCUGACUUAGCUGAAACGGGAUCUGAAAUGAUCUAUUUCUGAGUCAGCUGUGCUGAUUAUGAGUGCAAAUCUUACUUUCAUAUGAUUCUCGAAUUAUCUAUCUUGAAAUGCAUUUCAUAUGGCAUUUUUUUGGUCCAAUUGCUGAAUGAUUUUAUAAUGGAAUUGAAUGAAUACAUCUGCUUAAUUUUUGUAAAUGUUUUAUUAGUAAUAGCAAGUGUAAUACUAGUCUAUUUACUAUGUGCCCCCUAACACAGGUGCUGAUUGGAAGGUUUACUUAAAAGUCUGGCAACUUUCAACUAACUAGCGAACUGUGUCAAUCUUCUCUCCAACUCUACCACUAAUCAUUGGUUUAAACCCUGACAAUCUUCAUCCUAACUGCAGAACACAGUUGAUUGACUUCUAAUCUAAGGGGAAAUGCCAUAAUCAUUGGUAUGCAUAUGAAGCAUGUUGCUGCUUGCAAGUCGCUUUCCAUCUGGAAUGGCUGAAGGGCUAAAGGGCUUCAUGGUCUCCAGAGAAAUAGACUUUGACAUAGUUUCCUGAACAGAAGCAGAAUAUUUAUCAGCCAGGUCUUACAGUGACUGGUUAAUUCUAUUGAUAAAGGUAUGCUUACUAGUCAACAUGACAGCAACAUACAUUGGCAAAACAUGGAUUUGAUAUCUGGAUAUGCAAGUUCUAUAGCAUAAUGAGAAGGGUUGAGCAUAAGCAGAUCUCAAUCUUAAAUCUCUUGAGAUUGAAAAGAGCUUGAAAGAUUGGAGGCCGGUCCAGAAUUGUACAUUAUUAUUACCUUCUGGCCUAGAAGAUCAAGAUCUGUUUCGCUGAAGAUGCAUCCCCCAUUCUGGGUUUACGAAAACCAUUUAGACCCGCAAGCAGAUUAAAGCUCAAUGGUUGGUUGAGAAUGUUUAUUCCUGAUGUUGAUUGUGUCGUAUCAUGCUGCCUUAUAUCUGCAGACAUGAAGUGGAAGGUCUUCAAUCAAUGUUAAUGCGGUUUAAGUUGUGGGUGAGUUUAAGCUGGGAUGCCUGCCAACCUCCAUUGUUGUUCCGAGAUUGCUGUUUUCAAGUAGUAGUAGUUUGCAAGAAUCCCUGCUGAAACCUACCGUUAAUACUCAUCUGUAGUUCAACUUUUUGGUGGGAAAACUUGGUUUGAUUUUGACAUUUGACUUGAUCAUCCUUAACUUACAGCAAAGUCAAGAACUUGUUGGCCGUUUCCAUCGACUUACACUUGUCAAUUCACCGUUUACCCGUGGCUGUAUUGUCUUUGUCAUGUUUAAUUUGUAAAGUAAUGUAUUUGUUUAUAUAAAGAACCGUCUCUCGAGUAAUGCUUGACUUUGACUGUGGAAAAUACACUUCCACUGCCAGCGAUUUCUUUUUGCCCAAUAAUAAAUUUGGAAAG